AUGGUCCAGUGUGACUUCUGCAAGCUGUGGGAGCACUUUGGAUGCGCCGGUGUGGACGAGCAAAUCCGACAGCCAAGCGCUACAUAUGCGUGUAAGCAGUGCUCAAAACCUGGACAAUCCAGCAAAGAUCAUCUGCAAAUUCCAGGGAUCGGAACACGUUCUACAAAAGGAUCCAAGGCGGGUUCAAAGGUAGGCUCCAAGAAAGGAAAAAAGAACCCAGGCCCACCAGAUAGCGUGACCUCCAGUGUAAGGGCUGUAUUGUUGUCAGAGCAGCUUAAACUCAUCGAAGAAGAGAAAACGAUGAAGGAACAAGCCCUGUUGGAAGAAGAAGGGAUCAGGAAACGGUUAUUAGAAGAGGAAGAGCGUCAGCUGGAAGAAAAGAAUCGCCUCCGUGGCCGUAAACUGCAAGAGGAGUUGGAGAUGAGGCGUAAGCAGCAGCAGAUAAAAAAAGAAUCCUUUGAGAAGCGGCAGAGUAUCAUUCGGCAGAUGGCAGAAGCGAGCAGUAGGAGUGGAUCGGUCGUAAAUUCCGACCAGAAGGUGAAAGACUGGCUAGACGGUCAAAACCCUGGAAGAUCAGAUGGAAAUGUAGGUCCUCUACAGAGUCUUCUCGCUUCACUGCCCAACCCAUCUGUUCCAAUCGGAGUACCCUCUACUGCACCAGUUCAACUGAGUAACCCGGUUCCAAUACCGCAACCGGCGUCGACAGUUCCUGUUACCUCGAUUCGAACACUAUCGCAAACUCAAAUCGCUGCGAGACAGAAAAUCUCGUUCGACUUCAGCGGUGGCGUUCCCUUUUACGCUUUCGAAUCGGUGAAAAGCCGAUUGCUCCUGCCAGCUAGUGUACCGCACGUCAUUCAGACCCUGCGUACGCUCUUCGGGAGACCGGAUCUUCUCAUCAGAUCGAUGAUGAAUAAAAUCCAACAAGUUCCGGCACCCAGACACGAUCGGUUGGAGACUGUUAUGCAUUUCGGCAUAGCAGUGCAGAAUUUGGUUGACCAUCUCAAAGCAGCGCAGCAGUUUAAUCAUCUAACGAAUCCGGUACUCCUUCAGGAGUUAGUGGAAAAACUGCCAGGCUCAUUACGACUCGAUUGGGCAGUCUACAAAACCCAUCGUCAACCCGUAACACUCGACACCUUCGGGAAAUUCAUGUCGGGUUUGGUGACAGCAGCAAGCGAAGUUUCCUACACCGUGCCGGGAUUCAGCGUUCAGAAACACACCACAAAUUAUGAAAGCAGAACCAUCAAACCGAAGGGUGGAAAUACUGGUAUAAUUCAAGCUCAUCUUGCAGAUAAAACUCCAGCAUCUACGUCCAGCAGCACUCCAGCUAGCACGAAACACGGCAAGGUAUGCCUCUCGAGCGGUCGUGCGGGCCAUCGUGUGUCUGAGUGCCAUCAGUUCAAUGGUGCCAGUGUAGAUGAACGCUGGAAGUUAGUUAAACAGAAGGCCCUCUGCAGAACAUGCCUGAAUAAUCACGGCAAGUGGCCUUGUCGUUCUUGGAAAGGUUGCGAGGUUGACGGAUGCCGUCAGAAGCAUCAUACACUUUUACACUCGUUUUCUUCUUUCGAGCAAAUAAACGUUUCAUCCAGCCACUUUACUUCCGGUGAAUCCCAGUGGCCACUUUUCUGCAUUCUUCCUGUCAUUUUAUAUGGCAACAAUUCCUCGCAAAUUAUAUUUGCCUUUAUUGACGAGGGUUCGUCUUACACUCUACUGGACGAAACCGUUGCGAAAGAACUGGGUGUCAAUGGGAAGACAGAAGCACUUACUUUGAAGUGGACGGGAAAUGUUACACGAGUCGAGCCAAAAUCACAAUGCGUGCAGCUCGACAUCUCCGGUAAAAAUAUUAGCUCCCGAUACACCCUUUCCAAUGUUCGUACGGUGAGUCGUCUCGUGCUUCCUACGCAAAGUAUAAAGUAUCAGGACCUAGCAAAUCGUUUUCCUCAUUUGCGUGGGCUCCCGCUUAGUGACUAUGAGUUGGUCGAGCCCAAAUUAUUGAUUGGUCUAGAUAACUUGAGGUUAUGCGUGCCUCUGAAACUACGUGAAGGAGGACCCUCCCAUCCUAUUGGAGCGAAAUGUCGACUGGGGUGGAGCAUUUAUGGGUAUGUUCCAAAUCAAGCAACGAAUUCGAUGAUUAUCGGGUUCCACGUUGGAACAGUCUCGGAUCGUGAUCGUGAGUUGAAUCAACAGCUUCGAGACUACUUCACACUGGAGGAUGCUGGAGUUGCUGAGGCGCAUCAAGUUCAUGAGUCGAAGGACGAGCAACGUGCAAUACAACUGCUACGAGAGACAACACGACGCACAGCAGAUGGAUCGAAAUUCGAAACCGGUCUGCUAUGGAGUACUGAUGAACCAAACUUUCCAGACAGUUACCCCAUGGCCGUCCGUCGUCUGGAGUCUCUAGAACGUCGUCUUCAACGAGAUCCAGAACUGAAGCAGCGCGUACAUGAACAGAUCUUGGAUUACGAAAGCAAAGGAUAUGCACAUCGAGCGAGCUUGGCCGAAUUGACUUCUGUUGAGGCUAACCGUAUGUGGUAUCUUCCUCUAGGCGUCGUGACAAACCCUCGGAAGCCCGGUAAAGUACGCCUAAUCUGGGAUGCGGCAGCUAAAGUGGGUGGAGUCUCAUUCAACUCCCGACUCCUGAAGGGACCUGACCUACUGGCGCCACUUGCAAUGGUCUUAUAUCAGUUCCGCCAAUACCCUGUGGCUGUAAGUGGUGACGUCAUGGAAAUGUUCCACCAGAUUAAAAUUCGUUCUCCUGAUUGUCAAUCACAACGCUUCAUAUUCCGAAAUCGACCAGUAGAUCAACCUCAAGUUUACGUCAUGGACGUAGCCACAUUUGGAUCAUCCUGCUCCCCGGCGUCAGCGCAGUACGUCAAAAAUUUCAACGCAGAUGAGUUCGCCAGUGAGUAUCCGAGAGCCGCAGUAGCCAUCAAGAACAAACAUUAUGUUGAUGACUACUUGGACAGCUUCGAGACCACCGACGAAGCGAUUGCGGUGGCGAAUGAAGUGAAACUUGUACACUCCAGAGGAGGUUUCACUCUUCGCAGCUUCUUAUCCAACGAACCUGAAGUUCUGCAAGGAAUAGGAGAAACAAUUACGGAGAAAGAACCCAAAAACCUACAUUUGGAACGUGAUGGGAAAUGCGAGUCGGUGCUAGGGAUGAAGUGGAUUCCGCAUGAUGACGUGUUCAUCUACGCCUUCGGUACGCGAGAGGAUCUACGGCACAUUUUGGAAAAUGGUCACAUCCCAACCAAACGCGAGGUAGCCAGAGUGGUCAUGAGCCUAUUUGAUCCGCUAGGUCUCAUCGCUUUCCUACUCAUUCACGGCAAAAUAUUUAUCCAAGAAUUAUGGGCAGCAGGGAUAGAGUGGGACCAAGAAUUCCCACACGAUCUCAACGAACGCUGGCGACAAUGGGUGGCUUUACUCCAACAAUUAGACUCACUCCGCAUACCACGAUGCUACUUUCGCUCAACGAAGGACUACUCUCAUUUACAAAUCCACCUAUUCGUGGAUGCAAGCGAAUCCGCAUAUUCUUGCGUGGUAUACUUUCGCUUGGAAAACGAAGACACAACACAGGUGAAACUCGUCGGUGCCAAAACAAAAGUAGCACCGCUGAAGACGCUCUCCAUACCUCGACUCGAACUAAAGGCAGCAGUUUUGGGCGCUCGAUUUAUGGAAACUGUUCAAAAACAGCACACGUACACAGUAAGUCGACGGUUCUGCUGGAGUGAUGCCAGUACCGUUCUAGCCUGGGUACGCUCCACCGAUCAUCGGCGCUACCACAAAUUCGUAGCCGUUCGAAUAGGAGAGAUUCUUUCUUCUACGCAACAGUCAGAAUGGCGGUGGGUGCCAUCCAAGCAAAACAUUGCGGAUUUUGCCACCAAGUGGAGGAAUGGUAUGCCUGUGACAAUCGACAACCCCUGGUUCCAGGGACCGGCCUUCCUCUACGAACCAGAAGAACGUUGGCCUAAGCAGCGAACAAUCGUCCCAACAGAAGAAGAGCUUCGGCCAACUCGUUUCCACGCCACCCACUUCGCUCCGAACAUGGUAUUCGAGAGGUUCAAUAGAUGGACCAAAAUGCAUAGAGUAGCCGCAUAUGUUUUCCGAGGUAUCGAAAAUUUUCGCAGGUGUCGAUCGAAGGAUAAACUUGAACUCGGAAACCUUACCAGCGAAGAACUUCGACGGGCCGAGGAAGAACUGCUGAAAACCGCUCAAACCGUGUAUUACACGGACGAAAUCAACAAACUCGUCAAGACUCAAGGGUCACCAGAGAAUCACCACGUCACCGUAGACAAAUCCAGCCCUAUCUACACCAAGUGUCCAUUCCUGGAUGAGAACGGCGUUCUGCGUAGCCGUGGUCGAAUUGGUGCUGCACCGUAUGCACCGACCGAAGCUAAGUUUCCGAUCAUUCUUCCCAACCAACAUUUAAUCACUUUCCUAAUUGUAGACUGGUAUCAUCGCCGCUUCCGUCAUGCCAACCGAGAGACCAUCUUCAAUGAAAUCCGCCAGCGCUUCGAAAUACCUGCCCUAAGACGACUGUUGGAUAAAGUUGAACGCUCAUGUACUUUCUGCAGGGUAACCAACGCGAUGCCAAGAUCUCCAGCGAUGGCUCCGCUUCCCGAGAUGCGUCUGACAGCAUUCACUCAACCCUUUACGUUCACCGGUUUGGACUAUUUCGGUCCGAUGCUUGUGAAGGUUGGCAGGAGCAACGUAAAACGCUGGGUGGCUCUCUUCACAUGCCUGACGAUUAGAGCGAUACAUAUGGAGAUUGUGCACUCGCUAAGCACCGAAUCCUGUAUUAUGGCAGUACAACGCUUCGUCGCACGCAGAGGCCUUCCCAGAGAAUUUUGGACUGAUAAUGCCACCUGCUUCCAAGGUACCAGCAAUGAACUGAAAGCACAUAGGGAAGCAAGUAACAAAGCUCUAUCUGAGAAGUUCACUACAACAAGCACCACCUGGAAGUUCAUCCCCCCAGCUGCUCCACACAUGGGUGGAGCGUGGGAGAGACUCGUUCGAUCGGUGAAGGUGGCGAUAGGAUCAGUUUUGAACGUCCUGCGGAAGCCAGAUGAUGAGACAUUCGAAACGAUCAUCUUGGAGGCAGAAGGAAUGAUAAACUCCAGACCACUUACUUUCAUUCCGUUGGAAUCCGCGGAUCAGGAGGCCCUGACUCCCAACCAUUUUUUGUUGGGAAAUUCUUCUGGGACAAAGUUCCUGCCUACUGAACAGAUGGACAACCGUUGCACACUACGAAGCAGCUGA